AUGGUUGACGAAAAUGAAAAUGAAACGAAACCUAAAGAGACUCGGAUAGACUUCAGUGAGGAACCAGUGAAGACGAGGAAAUCAAUGGGAAUCUCCACAUACACCUUCCGCCCGCUACGACUUGGCAGUGCUCUACACAACUGGACAGAUAUUUCCAAGAUAAACUAUUUAUCAACAUUAAAUUGUUCGGAAUAUCAAGCAGAAAGUUGUAGUACGUUACUCUUACCCAAGAACAUGACAAAUGCGGAUUUCGAUAAUGUCAUAAAGGACAGUAAUAAUGACAGUAUGAUGUCUGAAACAUGUCUGGUGAAAGUUACGUCACUUUUGAAUGAAGAUCAAUUGUGGGGAUGUUUUUACAACUUCCCGUGUCUGUACGAAGACUCUUACUCACCAGUGGUUCGGAUCAGAAACGUUGAGGACGUGCCGAAGCUGGAAGCAGGAGUACUCACGAGGGACAUGGUCACCGCGUGUCUGAGUUAUUUGAAAAGAACACCCAUUUUGGGUGACUAUGUUUACAUCAAACUUGAUCUAUCUGCGAAGCAUUUGACUAAUAUAAAUGUAUUACAACAUUACAAAUACAUAGUGUAUCUAGACCUGUCUUCAAAUUUAAUAACUGAUAUAACAGUUCUCUCAAAACUUCUUUAUCUACAAUAUCUGUCUGUAUGUUACAACAGACUGAGAUCUGUAUUGGAUUACGAAACACCGCAAUGGUUUUUAACGGAAGUCCACUACAAGUACAAUUCAGUGCAGGCAAUUCGCGACCUGAGUGCUCUGUGGUCGAUCACUGUGCUAGAUCUGUCGCAUAAUAAUAUCAAAGAGAUAAGUGGGCUUCAAACUUUAAGAUAUUUGCGCCACCUCGACCUCUCCUUCAAUCACAUACGACGGCUCGAAAAUCUCAACCACCUUCGUCUACUGUGGCUCGACGUGUCGUACAACAGCCUGUCGAGUUUCGAGUUCGGACCCGACGCCGGCCUCUGGACGUUACUACAUCUCGAAUAUCUCAAUUUGAACGAAAACAACCUUACGUCCAUGAAAAUAUUUACAGGUUGUACAAGAUUACGAGAACUGCAUGCCAAGAACAAUCGGCUAAGUAAGUUGAUGGAGUUAGCCGUGUAUAUGCGGAAGCUGAGACGUCUAAUGUACAUGGACCUGCGGUCAAAUCCCGUGUGCUCUGUCCCGGGGUACAAGGACGUGGUUAUUAAUACCUUUUCCAAUUUGCUCCACUUGGAUGGCCGGGAUUUGGAUCCCGUUGAAAAGGCUAGUUCACUGAUGUACGUGUCGCCCGACGCGGCGGUGUUCUCUCUCCGCCGCCUGCUACGCCUGCUGUAUGUCCAGCAGUUGUCCCGGUCGCGUGUGUCGCCGUACGUGCCUCCAGCGGACACCACCGAUGUGCCUAUUGUUGUACUAGUGGGCUAUGAAGCUGUCGGCAAAGGGAACUUAGCCCGUCGCCUCGCCUCUGAAUGCAGCUCCAAGAUAGAACUGGCAUUGCAGCACACAACAGCGUUCUACCAUUACGCAAAUCACUACAAACUUAUAACGAGGCAGAACUUUGACGCCAUGCUCUUAGCCGGGGACUUUCUGACUUACAGUGAAAUGGACGGCGAGUCGUACGGACUGAGUCGUGAGGAGGCGUACGUAAGGGAUGGGAAAGUAAGGUUGGCCACUAUGGACCUGUAUGGUGCUCUCAUGUUGAAACUACGCGGUUACAGACCGUUUAUGAUAUUGGCUAACUGUUUGGAUAAAGAGACGCUCGCGUUUCAACAAAAAGAACGCAAGGAAGCAAGGGAUUUAGCUAACGAGAAACAACUUUUCACCAUAGCAGAUCCAAGAGAAGUAUCAACAUUACAAGUUUUACUUUCCGGACGUAUAAUUAUUCAUGGAAUACUCAACGAAAUUCUACAACUCUUUCCAGACGAUAAAGAAAAAAGUGAAUUCACGUUUGAUUCGGAAUGUUCACUCAUGAUGGAUAGCGAAACACGACGAAAUCAGGACUUCAAAUAUAUUAACAGAAUCGCAUUCUCUAUUUCGAGUUCGUCUUUGGAGGACAAGACUGAUUUCAAGAAAAGUAGCGCCAUAGAUUCUGGCUUAUACUCCCUGUAUAAGGAUAUUCCAGGCACUGAAUUUAUUAGCCGCGUGUUUGGAACUGCCAGUUAUCAAGAAAGGGAAAAAUCUAAAAAGUCUGUUGGUCGCUCCCUAAUCAUAAAUAAGCAAGAUCAAACGAAUGUUCCCGGCCGAAAAAGUAUUGACUUUAGCAAAUCUUCCACGUGGAAAGGAUAUCCUUUAUCAGAUAGUAGAAAAUCAUCUAAAUCCGUCACUUUCACGUCCCCCGUAAACAAUCUAUUCGUUGAGCCUUCUACUUCUGCAAAUAUAGCCGAACCGCAAAAUGAGACUGAAAUGGCGAAUUUGUUAAUGAAGUCGAUGAGCGCGAAGAUGGUACAGUCCCGCGAGAACGUGCGAGCACAGAGCUCCGACCUUUGGCUCGCGUUCCUAAUUCAAAACGGUUUGCCGCUGAACGCCAAGGCCAAUGAACUUUAUAAUAAAAAUCGGCGGGAAGCUAAAACGGAUAGUCCAGAAUACGUAGAGCAUCAGCUGGAUGAAUACCAAACGGUACCAGCAGAAAGUUUCACAGCUCACCUACAGGACGACUAUGAGGAAAUUCAUCGAAAUAAUCCUGGACUUUUCUAUGAUACAGUUACUAUGGACAAUCCUGAUGAUGCAUUCCACAAAAUGAAGAGAUUGGUUAAAAAUAUUGUGAACUCGCAGCUUCAUUUCACACCAAUGAUGGAUUUAGACAUAGCCAAUAGCAACUGUCCUAUUGUAAAGAAAAAGCUUGAAAAUAUUCGUAGUCAAAUUGCACCACAAAGGGUAUUUUAUUGAAAUAAACAAAAUGUAAAAAGGGAUGUGUUUAUUAUUACCAUUAAUUCCUAUUAAAUAUAAUUAUUAAUAGAAAGUAUAUUGUAGAACAAUAUUCCACUAGGCAUUAACCAGAAAGUGAGGAUCAACUCAAUAUAUGCACAUUUUUAUUUGACCUUAAUACUUAAAUGUGUCUGGUACAAUCAUUUAAACACCAUGGUGUCGAGCAUUGCUCCGAGGGACUGUACAAUGUUAUUUGCCAUCAAGAUGUCUACUUUCUCUUCUAAAUGCCUCUUGGGGUCCUGUUUGCCAACAUUCUUAAUGGCUAACUGCUCAGGCGUCAUCUUCUCUUCGUCUUCGAGAGCUUUGUUGUAGUUCUUGGCCAAAUCCAACAUGUCGGUGACAGUUGUUUCAUUUAUAGCACAAUGCUCCUUGUAAUCUGCUAGAGUAAGUCCAUCCAUCCACGAUUUCUUGUGCAAGUUUAACAACAUCUUCUGUUCCAGCUCAU